AUGCAGUGCGCACUCAUUGUACACAUCGCUAUAGCGUGCUUGCUGCCGCAGUCCUCUGCAGUCAGAAUGUUGUCCGGCUGGGAUCGACCUCGUGGUGAAGGCGUUCGGGACCGGCAACUGCUCAGCGCUCCGCUUGAGAGGCAGGAAGCCAGGGCACGCGGCGAGGCCGCAGCAGCCACCCAGAACGGCACCCGAAGGCCCAGGAAGCAUCCAGAGCGGGAUCAUCCUGGUAUGUUCCGGGCCUGCGGCGUGGACUGGCUAGACUACGAGCCCUUGCACCUGAACAGCACGGGGGACGCCACGCACUAUGCCGCGUGCGCCCCCGCAAGCGGCGACGCCAGCACCAUCGGCAUCUGCCGGAGCGAUGGCCACGGGCACGACAGCUGGGAGUACUGCAUGGACCCUCCCGCUGCGAAGUGCGGCGGCCUGGUGGGCUCGCACGGGCCUCCGGCCAAGCUCUUCUUCGUGGUCUGCACACAGGUCUUGGUGCGUCUCCCCGACGAUCAUGAUGAUCAUGAUGAUCAUGAUGAUGGGAUCCACACAGCGGCCCCAACAGCAGCCCCGACGGCGUCUCCGUCCACUGCUCCCACUGCAGGUCCGGUAGAAGCGCCGAAAUCAGCUCCAACUGUAGCGCCAACCGUAUCCCCGACUGCGGCUCCCACUGCAACGCCGACGGCAGCGGCGACCCCAGCUCCCUCCGCGGCACCGACGGCUCCAGCGAAUGUAGCGUCACCCCCUCUGACCACGCUUGCCGCUGAAGCCGACGCGGGGGCGACGUCACUGAUGGUAGUCUCCAUGGCGGGCCUCAGCGUGGGCGAUGAGAUUGUGAUCUCUGGCGGGGGAGUUGCCGGCGGUGUUCCGCAUCUCGCAGGCGCCACACCAGGCCCUGAACGUCGAGGUGGUGGGCCUCGGCCACUUGGGCCACGGGAGGCGCAGCCGCUGGAGGGCAUCCCGAGGCUGGCAAGCCGCCGAGAGCCGACGAAGACGUCCGAAAACCUCGAGUCUCGGAGGGCCAACCCGUGCCACUCGAGGAUCGGGGGCGCCCUCGGCACCGAGGGGCACGCCGCCGCGCUGGAGGAGCCCAGCCUGCGCUGCCGCCGCGCGGCGGCGCCGCCCGCGGCCGAAGGGCCCAACCAGGCCCUCAUGGCGCGGAGCCCCGCCCUGGCGCCGGCGCUGGCCUCGUCCGUGAGCGCCGCAUGGUAGUGAGUCUCGACCCCACCCAGACAUGCUCAUACUAUAGACGAAGCGAGGACGAAGAAGGCGUACGCAUUGGCUGGCGCCGGCUUUCUCCUUGUCUCCCCCGCCUUCUCUUCUAUCUUCCUCCCUUCACGCGCUAUGAUUCGUAGGUGUACUGUUUCUCCGCCGUGGCAGUCCCCUGCCCGCUGCGCCGCUGGCUGAGUUUGACCCACAGACCCCUUCUGGGUGCCCGAGCGCCCCAGCUCGGCCCUUCUGCUCUCGCCUGCUCCGUUUCGAGCUCGAGAGAUCUCGAGAGGACAGCCGGCGCUGCGAACUGUCAGCGAGAUGGUAGUCCGCAGCUGUUGCCGCGUUUCUCGGAGGAUCAGGUCUAUGCCCAUGAAAAGAAACCAUCGUUGCCGAUUGCCAGUUUCCCCCAGAUUUGCAUGCUGGAUUCUUCAACGCGGCCUUCUAAGACGUUUCCAUCUGCUUCGCAACCACUCUUGUCCAUUGUAGGUUUGCAAACCUGCCAGUAUGUUGCACAGUUGAACUUGUGGAUCGCUGGCAGUGGCAAGAUCUACGUGCGUGCAUCAAAACGCCCGUGUGCAUGUGCAGUUCCGU